AUGUACGACCGCUCAACUGGGACCAAGUACCUGGUCGACUCAGGGUCCGUUGUCUCACUGCUGCCACUGUCGAUGACGAAGCAGAAGCUGCAGCCCGACGACGACUUCCAGCUGAUCGCUGUCAACGGCACUGGUAUCCGGACAUACGGCAAACGGGUAACCACACUCAACUUCGCCAUGCGCCGUAACUACGCAUGGCCGUUCAUCAUCGCCGACGUGAAGCAGCCGAUCAUAGGAGCUGACCUCCUGGCCCACUACGGCCUGCUGAUCGACCUGAAGCGUGGACGCCUAUACGACCCAACGACCAGGAUGAGAAGCUUGCCGAGACUUCGACGCCCCCAGGGACCGGACCUGUCGCCCCUGUGCAGCACCACAUCCUCACCACCAGCCCAGCAGUCCACCAGCGCACUCGUCGGAUGGUCGGGGAGAAGCUCCAGGGCGCAAAGGAAUUCAUGGACCUCCAGCUGUUCCUGGGCUUCGCUCGGACCUCUAGCAGCCACUGGGCCAGCAACCUACAAAUGGUCCUGA